UGAAAUGCGAACACGGUCACUCUGGCAUAAAAUUCAAAACAAGAUCUUGGCGUCGUCUCUCUGAAUUUCGUGAAUGGGAUAGAAAGCAUAGAAAUGGUGAACGAAGUAGAACAGUAUAAGCUGCUGAACGCCGAACUGAUGGACCAGGUGCAGAAGCAGCGUAUGGAGAUAGGCGAGUACAGAAAGCAGGUGAUAAUACUGCAGCGCGAAAUCAUGGACAUGCGGGAAGAGCACAUCCUGCAAAACGACCGUCAGCGGCAAGAGAAUAUCUGUAUUAUAAAAAGUCUGAUGCAGCGUCUGAACAUCGACAGCGACUGUCUAGUGGUGCCCCAGGAGCCUACUCAAAGGGUCAGCAAACCACCUAACUCGCGUCGCAGCUCCAAAGAAAUAUGCAAGGAAAUACGACGAACGUGCGCAUUGGCUCGUACCACCAGAACUACCUCGCCUAGGAAAUCCAUCCCGAUGGAAAUUUCGUCCAUUAGUAUUCCUUACAGUGCAUUGCUGAAACCACAAAUGGAGUCCACAAGAGAAAAAGAUGAGAAUACAGCCAUCAGGAAUAGUCUACAACCUCGAAGGCCAACGGAACUUAUGUUCGAUGAAGACGAAUCGGACGAAGAUUCUAGCGAAACCGCAAGCCCAGAACAAAACAAUGAGGCACAGAAUGAUGGAAAUCAGAACAAUCACCUGUUCAGCAUUAUUGAAGAAACCGUUAGCGAAGACGAAGACGAAGACUCAUCGUCAUCUUGCGAGGCCAUAUACUGCGACACCACUAUAGAAAGUAGUCUCUCAAACGAACGAAGCACUUCUAUUCCCCGUGGGCGGGCUCUCCGGGAAGUGAACACAAAUGUACCGGAAGCAGUGCCGUUGUUUAAGGGAAAAGAUCCCAGAAAAUCAAUGUCUGGUGUUCCUAGCAAUGAGGAUUCCAUUCAGGAGCCCAGUAUACAGCAGCCUAGGCUGGCUGUCACAAGGCCCAGUAACAACUCUGUGAUCCUUCCUGAUAUUAUUGGAUCAACGCCACGAAGAAGCAUGUUCAAUUCAAUUUAUCAAAAAGGCGGGAGCACCAGCACUCCAAAGUCUUUUAUCGUCGAGGAAGAGACUGCCACGAAAACUCGAAACAGAACUGCACCACAAAAGAAAUCUAUUCAAACGGAUAUGUCUAGCUCAUUUUUCAGCACUAGUGGACGACCAAGUCGGAGAUGCAAGCCAACUAGCUUAGCGGAGCCUAAUUUAAGGAUCAAGAUGCGCAACGAAGCCAAGAAGUAGCAUCACUUCUUUUCGUUUUUUAUUAGUUUAAUUUAAAAACAUUUUUGUACAAUUAAUAUUUAAAAUCUCAAACCAGUUUUGAUAUUUACGUUAAUAUUUUUAAUUUGUAGCCAAAUUAUUCACCUAUAAAAGGAGACUUAUUGAACUCAUCCAGCUGUCGGAAGAAGGGCAACUAUCAUCAUCAUCACCCAAAGAUGCCAAUAAGAUUUUAUAAAUACGUCUUAGUUCUACGCUUAAGAAUUUUUUAAUUUGUGAAUAAAACAACGUUCAAGUUGA